CCGUUUCUUUGCCUUUCUUCUCCUCGGGUGUUUGUCUGUGCAAAGGUCAGAUGUUUCCAUCGGUCGUGAAGAAGAAAAGUGGAGUUGGAACCUGCUGAGUGCUGAUCUGCUUGUGCUCCGGACCAUGGACUCAUUGAGGGCGCCCCAGGUGUGAAAAUGUCCAGCAGUAACCGGGAGUUAGUGAUUGACUUUGUUUCCUACAAGCUCUCGCAGAAGGGAUACAGCUGGAGCCAGCUGGAGGAGGAGGACGAGAACAGGACUGACUUUGCAGCAGAGGAGGCCGAGAUGGAUGGUGUCCUCAACGGGAGCCCCUCCUGGCACCCUCCCCCCAGCCACGUAGUGAACGGAGCCACCGUGCACCGGAGCAGCCUGGAAGUCCACGAGAUGGUCCGAGCGGCCGACGUGAGGCAGGCGCUGCGGGAAGCAGGGGAUGAGUUUGAGCUGAGGUACCGACGAGCCUUCAGCGACCUCACCUCCCAGCUCCACAUCACCCUGGGCACGGCCUACCAGAGCUUCGAGCAGGUGGUGAACGAACUGUUCCGCGACGGGGUGAACUGGGGCCGCAUCGUGGCCUUCUUCUCCUUCGGGGGAGCCCUGUGCGUGGAGAGCGUCGACAAGGAGAUGCGCGUCCUGGUGGGACGCAUCGUGUCCUGGAUGACCACCUACCUGACCGACCACCUAGAUCCCUGGAUCCAGGAGAAUGGCGGAUGGGAGCGGUUUGUGGACCUGUAUGGGAACGAUGCUGCUGCCGAGGUGAGGAAGGGCCAGGAGACCUUCAACAAGUGGCUCCUGACCGGGGCGACGGUGGCGGGAGUGCUCCUGCUGGGAUCCCUGCUGAGCCGCAAGUGACCCC